AUAUAAACACGCCUAGCCCUCGUCCGUGCAGGGCCGCGACCUCGCUGGCGUCUGCUUCCGCGCUGCCAUUGACCGCAACCGACUUGGCCCCAGCUGCGGCUGUCCCGUCGCCAUAGACCAAGUUCCAUUGUCGGCGCUGUUGCAGAGCUAUUCUAUGAGCCCUAUAUAACAUCAUCCUCCACUCAUAUCGCCACAAUCCCACACCCGCAGAGUAUAUCGUGGCUUCGUCGCGGACAUAUCAAGGGCACCCGAACAUGCACCCCAUAGGCCGUAACGCAUCUCUCAGGAACGCAUACCCUCUCGCGGCCUAGCAGUACACGAAGUACACGAGCCUCUUGGGCCGACGGACAGCCCAGGUAGUGUCCACACCUUCACUGCUUGGCUACCUCCAUCAAGGGCGACCGCUGCCGCCGUGUAACUACAGCACACCACACUUUGAGCCCGCAUUAUCCACGGCAAGGAUGGCGGAACGGAGGCGGCGCACGGUGAUUCGUGUCCGCGAGCCCAACGAGGAGCGGCGGCCACUUCUGAGCCGUGCCGCCUUCUCCCAUACCAUGGAGGAGGCGCCCUUUUUCAGCUGCGGCCCAAACGCGAAUGCCCAUCUGCCAGUGUAUACCAACAUCCACAGGAUCCGCAGAGACGUCAUCGCCAUUGUCGAGGACUACCUCACCUUCGAACAGCUUAGAGACCUCCGCCUCAACCUGUCUGUGGUGCGGCCACUGGUGGACAAGCUGUAUGAGCUCGACGAUAUUUCCAUUGUCUAUUGCUUACUGGUCAAUCGCUACCAGUUCCUGGAAGAGCAAGAGCACCUGGCCAACAGGCAGAAUGUGAAUUUCACCCGUGCGACUUUGUGCGAGGUCGUCGCGACGAGGAUCCUGCGGCGGUUCGGUGAGGACAAUCCUGGCGCCCAAGGUUUGCUCUUGCUGGCCAAUAUCCUCGUUGCCGGCUUCGAGCCCUUCCAGAACGCUCCCCCAGAGAUUCGACAAGAGGCUGCACUGGGCUCCGCAUGGAACUACUCGAGGACAUUGCCUGCACUUGAGGUGGCUAUUCUCACCGAGAGCAAGUACUUCCUGAGUUCAACCCAUUGUCAAAAAGUCAUAAAUGGCAUCUACAUCGGACAAAUCACUUACACCCCAUCGACAUUUCUCGAUGUUAUUCCGGAUCGUUACAAGCAGAAACCCAUCUCGCUCUACGAACCGCGCAACGCUCCGCUGCUCAACCAGUAUCGACUCAUUGUACCACGGACGCGAAACGCCUUGGAGAUCAUGCAGUUCUUCAUCCUGCUCUUCCUCUACUUCCUGUUCAUGAUCGAGCGAAACCCCGAGUAUUUCAGCGUCUACGAGAUUGCCUUUUCGAUAUACGCAUUCGGCUGGGUCCUUGAUCAGAGUGCAACCAUGUUGGAGCAUGGGUGGAGUGUAUACACACAGAAUCUCUGGUCUUUCCUCGACGUCAUGUUUGGCAUAGUAUUUUGGGCUUAUGCCGUGCUACGCCUGCAUGGCUGGAGGACUGGCCAACUGGCACCUGCCCAGCAGGCAGUUGAUGUCCUCGCAAUGGGAGCUCCUGUCCUGGUGCCCCGGCUCGCUUUCAACCUUCUGUCAGACAACCUUGUGAUGCUCUCUCUCAGGUCGAUGAUGGCUGAUUUCACGCUCCUCACUGCGUUGGCCGCAUGGUGUUUCCUUGGAUUUCUGCUGUCUAUGGUUUGGCUGGCUGAGAAAAGCCAUGACAUAGUGACAAUUAGUAAAUGGAUGCUAUGGAUCUGGUUUGGGCUUGACGGAAGUGGCAUACAACAUUCAACGGAUUUCCACUGGCUACUGGGACCCAUCCUCAUGAUCUCCUUCUCCUUCCUCGGCAAUACCCUGUUUCUGACUAUCCUCGUGUCGAUGUUGUCGAACACGUUCAGCACCAUCGUGGCGAAUGCCACGGCUGAGAUCAACUUCCGCAAGGCUGUGCUGACUCUUGAGGGGGUCAAAGCCGAUGCCAUCUUCGCGUACCAACCACCCUUUAACCUUAUUGCUCUCUUCGUCUAUGUCCCUCUCAAGUUCAUGGUAACGCCUCGGUGGUUCCACAAGAUCCACGUGGCAACAGUGAGACUGGUCAACCUUCCAGUGCUGCUGCUCAUCCACGUCCUCGAGCGCCGAUUAUUGUGGCCGAAUUCGACCAGCACCGAAGAGCUGUCGGACCAGAUCCGCCCGCUUAAGAAGCGCAACUCGUUCUGGAGGAACUGGAAGAUCACCAACCAUGGCGCCAUGGAGGCCGUAUUCGAGAUCGACCCGCCAGCCUCUGUCUCGGCCGAUAUCGCGGUAGAUGACCAGCUUACCCACCACGCCAUCCGCAGGCAGUUUGGAAGGCAGCAGAGCACAAACAUGGUCGAGCAGCGGUCAAGCGGAGCUCCCAGCCAGCGAGCGGAUGGGCAGAACGGCGAUGGCGCACCGCUCAAGACGGUACGCCGCAGGGACUCGAUCGCACAGUACGGUCUAGAGGACCAGGUCCGGAACAUUCUUCACGAGACGACGGACAUGGAGACGAUGCAGAGCCGCCUGGAGACACUGGAGCGGUCAACGCGCCGCAUCGAGAAAAUGUUGCGCAAGAUGUGCUCUGCGCCGCCAUCCGAGAACGGCACUAUCGAGGAUGAGGAGCAUCACAAGGACGACGAUGACGAGGGCCACCAUGAGGAUGACGACGGCCGGGACGACGGCCAGGAUGAGAGCAGCGAUGGCAAUAAGCAUGAUACCCGCAGUGUUAUGGACGAGCUGAGCCAGGCGAUGGAGACAGAAACGGCGGAGGCUGUACAUAGGUUGUAAGGGAGUGAUGGCUGGCGCUAUGCUACUCAUGCAUAUUUGUUCCUCCUUUUGAAAGACUUUCUGGGACUUGGCCUCCAUGAAAAAAAGAGUGCGACCAUGACCACAUUGCACUGACUUAUUUCUGCUGCUCGUGGUAUCUGACUAGGCUCACGCCCUAUAGAAUCGGCUGUUUCUGCUUGUCAUAAUCACUUUUUACUCAC